AGUGCAUCAGCGUUCUUUUGGACACUUUAUCCUAAGCCUAUCUAUUUUAUCUCCUAUCUGCACUAUAAUUGCCACCAUUGGUUGGUAGCAGCUCCAGAGCCGAGGACCUCCCGAGCAGAGUAGCACUCCACCUACCAGCCGGCCUCUUCCCACCGCCCCCAAAUUCUACCGAGCAGCUCAGCCGGCCAACCCAUGGCGCACUGCCUCGCCGCCGUUGCCUCCUUCUCGCCGUCCGCCGUCCGCCGGCGGCUGUCCAGCCAGGUGGCUAAUGUAAUUUCGAGCCGGAGCUCAGUUUCCUUCCGUAGCCAGAAGAUGAGCUUUGUAUCCAUCAGUUCAAGACCGAGUUCACUUCGGUUUAAGAUUUGUUGUUCGGCCACAGGUGAGACACAGGCCAAGAAAGAGACAGUCGACAAGGUUUGUAUGAUAGUCAAGAAGCAGCUGGCAGUCCCUGAUGGGACCCCUGUCACAGCGGAGUCAAAAUUUUCUGAACUUGGUGCUGACUCACUGGAUACGGUUGAGAUUGUGAUGGGCCUCGAGGAAGAGUUCAACAUCACCGUUGAUGAAACAAGCGCGCAGGACAUUGCAACCGUGCAGGAUGCAGCGGACCUUAUCGAGAAGCUUGUGACAGAGAAGACCGCGUAAGUGCCUCGGUUCAUUGGACAGCUUUAGAAGGCAAAGGUGUCGUCUGGAUCUGUGGACUUCUGAUUUUUCGGUCGCAUUUGGGGCGAGAGAAAAUAAUUUAUGGACAGCUUUGCAUUCAGUCUAUGUUGUGUGUUCAUUACCAUUUGUUCUUUCUUCAUCCUCUUGAGAUUUUGUGUUGUUGCUUAGGGUUAAUUACCCAAAGGCUUCAUAAACAAGCUAGGACCAUGUCCUAAGUUCGAAUUCAUAUGUGUUGUACUAUUGUUAUAGAAAAGCUAAUGGACCUAUGAAGAUUGAAGAAUCA